AUGCCACCGGCCCUGGACAGGCUCCUCGUCAGCCCGUCUGCCCUGAGACUCCUGCGAUCUAUCGUCAAUGCUCCCGAGCUUCCUGCAGCAUGCUCCACGGCUGCGAAUUGCUGUCCUUCGAAAACUUCACGCCGCACCUACUCGAACAGUCCAAAGCCUUCCGUGCAGCAGAAAUGGAGACGAUGGCAGGAUGCGACGACCAAAGAAGAGACUGCAAGGCGAGAGACUGUGCGCCGAUUCCUCGAAGCAGAAGACAGGGACCAUGGUACAUUGAGCACAGGGGCAGACAAAGCCAACGAUGAGGCAGCGUGGGCUGUGACUCUAGCACGACAAGAGAGAGUCUCUCGGCUGCCAGGCAUUCGUGCUGUCUGGAGGUCACUACGCCAUCAAGGGCAUCACCUACCCACCGCCGAGACACCAGACGCGGACUUCCUAUGGGGUACAUUCAUUAAGAACCCACUGCUUGUAGAGAAAGUCAUAGACCAUGCAUCUGAAUUGCUUCAAAAGACUGGCAAUACAUAUCCCCGCCUCUACGACCUGAUCCUAGGCUACUGGCUUUCACGGGAGCCCAGAAAGGCUUUGAGCUACCAUCACCAAAUGCUAGUGAAGCUAAAUCUGAGGAAGCUUCCUUUGCGACAAUUGGCGCAUCUUGGGCGAACGACGUUCAGUCCUGCAGCAUGGGAGGCGCUGAUGGAUAUCUACCGCAAUAGCAAUGAGCGCAACCUUUACGACGAGACAGUGCCUCCACUCAUCGAGCAGGGAAACAUUAAUAUGGCACGUCGAUGGCAUGCACUCUGCACAUCUCGAGGCGACCUGCCCUCUGAGUCUGCCGCAUCCCAUCCUGUGGUUCAUAUAUUUACUGCCGAGAUGUCGAAUAUUUCGACCCCUAAAAUGCGAUUCAAUACGAAACCUACGUCGAAAAACCCGAAGCGGAACGCCGGCGGAUAUAAUAAGGAGCUCAUGCAACGACUGCUGGGCCGCGACACCGCCCCAGUACGUUUCGAAGACUCGUUCUGCGCAAGAUUGUUCGCAACCAGAACCUUCCCGCCGGAAUCUAUCAUGCAAGGGCUUGCCCUAGUGGGGGUGAACGAGAUUGGGCCUCUGGCGGUACUCGCAAUGGCAGCGCGAACACAACCUAUAGAGGAGUUACCGAGACGAUUCGAAGAGCUAAGAGCAGCUGGCAUCGCAUUGCAAGGCUGUGUGUUCUCAUUAGCUCUAGAGAAGUUUGCUAUGGAGCAGAAGUGGCAACUGGUGCACAGUAUGCUCAACAGCGAUCAGCAUCCGGAUGUCUUUGGUCUCGCCAAGGUACAACGAAAGUUACUGGAAUACUACCUCGAUCAGGGGGACUUGGUGCAGGCUCAGCGUACCCUCGCUAUACUAACACUCUUCCACAAUGACUCUAGUGCAGAGUCGUGGAAUCUUCUCCUGCAAGUCUACAUCAAACGCUCCGGACCACGUCAUGUUAUGGAAGUGCUCCAGGACAUGCGAAGCCGGGGCGUUAUGUUGUCUUUCGAAUCGAUCAUGGCUAUCAAAGAUUUGCUACGGCAGCGACGGCCAGGACAUAAGCCGGGAGUGUCAACUCGAGGUAGAUUUGAUGACUUGCGUUUCGUCACUCGCGUCUUCAUGUCUAUUCUAGAGUCUGGUAUGGGAGCCAUUGGUCCAACAGAAUGGCGCGAGAUUAUACGUCGAUUCGGGAUGCUCGGGCGCUUCAGGGAGCUCAGACGGCUCUUACUCUGGCUGUUAUGCUGGUAUGCACCAAGGAGCAGCCGCCAAUUUGCCAGCCUCCCCGAGUCGCCGUUCCUGAAGCCAGCAACGGCAAAGCUACGCGCUGCAUAUCCUGAACGCCAUCAUUAUUUUCACUUUCCCACAACGAUCACGCAACGCGAGAACGUACUGCACCCCAUUCGCCUACUCUUUACACCUUCACUUCAACAAGGCCUGAUUACAUGGGGCUUUAGAGCCGGUCUCCUCCCGAACGCGCAUUUGGAGCAGUCUAUGUUUGGCUCCACGCUUGAAAAAAAGCACUAUCGCCAGCGACUCCUUCGGAGCCAAACUCUCAAACGACUUGAUUGGAGUAUCGGCCUCCGCACUGUCCUUGAGCUUCGCGACCUUGGUCUCCAUUUGCACCAACAUACGGUCGUCAAAGCGCUGCAGAUGCAGUUUGUUGUCUUGUUCGGUCGCGGACGAUCUAAAAAGAAAGAGAAUAGGAUGAUGGAGGAUGUGAACACCAUACCAUAUGCAAGGUAUAUACAAGAGGUCAAUAAGAUAUGCGGGAGAAUGCUGUUCAGGGAGCCAACUCUUCUUGGGAAAGGUAUACCGCAUCUGCGUACGUGGCAUCCAAGAUUGCGGCGGAAUCCCAAUCGCAGAGGGUCGAUUAGUCUCAAUGCGAUUCUGGGACCACAGUGGCGGCAGCAGAGCAGGACAGACAACGAGAGCGAUGAAAGGGCAGCUAAGGAUACAACUGCUCUUGAAGAGCUUCAGAAGCAUUUCUUGGCGCAAGCAAAAGCAAUCGACCCAACCAAAGACGCAGGAACGCGGUGA